AUGAUAGAGAAGAUCCGGGCGCAGAGGAAGACCCAGUCCAGCCAGGAGUCAGGAAUGGAGGCAGAGGGAGGCGUGGUCUCUUUUUCAGGGCACGUGACCCUGCAGUUGGUUCCUCAUGGCACCUGGGGGCCCUGCCCCAGGUACUUAGAAGCUCUCUGCUCUGAGGUUCAGCACCUCUCUUCCUCUCGCCCCCUCUUUGAUCACCAGGACAGCUUGCACUUUGUCCUCCGUGAGCCUAAGAAGCCAAGUAGGGCCAACCAGGAUUCAAAACCUGCACUGCCUGAUACCAACAUCACCCGGGAUGAACUGUUCUUACCAGAGACUCCUCUGUUCCUGACAAAGAGAAGAGAGGGAGGGGCCACACUGAUCCAGCUCAAGCAUCUCCAGGAGGCUCCGGAUGCCACGUGGAGACUGCCCUUCUACCACAGCACAGAGUCAGAGCCGGUGAGGGAGCCUGCAGAAAUGGCUUUACUCAGCAACAUCCUAGCGGCCUAUUCCUUUGUCUCAGAAAACCCUGAGCGAGCAGCUCUGUACUUUGUCUCUGGCGUGUGCAUUGGGCUGGUCCUCACACUGGCUGCCCUGGUGAUGAGGAUCUCUUGCCACACAGACUGCCGGCGGCGUCCCCGGAAGAAGUUCCUGCAGGACCAAGAGAGUAGCAGUGACAGCAGCGACAGCGAGGAUGGCAGCUCAGACACAGCAUCUGACAUCUCCAUCCGGAGACACCGCCGCUUCGAGAGGAGUUUGAAUAAGAACGUGUUCACAUCGGCAGAGGAGCUGGAGCGCGCGCAGCGUCUGGAGGAGCGGGAGCGCAUCAUCAGGGAAAUCUGGAUGAAUGGCCAGCCCGAGGUGCCUGGGACCAGGAGCCUGAACCGCUACUAUUAGGGGCAAGACUGCUGGAAGGCUCCCGGAAGGGAGUGGGACCCCAGGGAGGGUGGGCACAGAGAGCUGAACGCAGUUCUGCUAACUAAGGUUACUGCUGGCGCCGGAGAUGAGCAGAACACCUCCGUUUUCUCCUUUGGGAUGAGAUUUGUGGAGCAGUAGAAAAACCCGAUCGGUUCAUCAACCUUUCCAGGCCUUGGAAUGGUGCUGAAAAACCCUCUCCCACCAUGUGGACGGAGAUUAGAGAAACAGGACUAUGGUUUCUCUUGAUUUCUGAGGAUCUCAGAGUUUCUGCGGACUUCAUUGCUAUGAGUUAUUCCUUUACCAAAGGAACGGUGGUCAUAGCGUGAGGGCUAGGAACAGCAGGGUGAACUUUAUCCAGUAAAUGCAAUUUUCUAAAUGACUCCAUGCUGUGGAAGUUAUUCUGAUCCAAAUAGCAUGAGCCAUACUUAUUAUUUAAGGCUGAUUUUUUAAAAUCUUGUGUUGCAAUAGCAACCUCGUCCAUUUGAACUGGCACCUCAGGGAUUAAAAUCCUAAUUUUUAGUAUAGUUCCCACCUCAUUCAUGAAAAUGAAUAGAAUUAAUGUAUUAUGGGAGAUGUGUCAGUGAACUAGACAAUGACAUUAACCUCAAAGGAUGAAGGGUUUUAUUUUAAAUAGUUUAUAAGAUAUCUAUUAACAUGCAUGUUUGAAAAUGCUGCAUAAGAAUAAAAGCUGUGUUUUCCCCCCUUUUGGAGAGAAGAAAAUUUUGUUAUGACUGUAGAUAAUCAUGAUUUCAAACAUUUUGUUUAAAAAAAAUCCAAGUUUGGAUUGCCAAGAAAAGAAUGGGAAUGGGGGAUGAGGAAUAAAGCCAAAAUUAGGAUGGGAUUAAAAACAUAAAUGUUGCAUAAAA